AUGGCAGACUCUGAUCGCGUCCCGAAAACCCCAAUCUUGGAGUAUAUCGAGAAUCUGGCAUCAGUCAAGAAGGGUCUUCCAUUCGGCCAACCUGUUUGCGUGCUGCCCUCACACAAUGUCACCGACUCCGCGACCCUCCUGCAACUCGCUGCGGAAGUUGGUCCUCACAUUGCGGUAUUUCAGCUGCAAGCGGAGACCAUUGAUGACUGGUCCGACGAUACCAUCGAGCAAUUGAUAUACUAUGCGAAAAAGUAUGGGUUCAUUCUCUGGGAAGGGAGCCGAGCCCUUAAUUCUACCGUCAACUUUAUGGGUCGAUCGUCCGCCGAUUGGGAGACACGAAAAACUCUAGCCGACAUGGUCAAGGUGAAAUAUACGAAUGGGCCAGUCAAGGUGGCACGAUGGGCGAAUUUAGCAACUUCAUGGGCUCCUGGGGUCGCAUUGGAGGAACAGGAGAAGGACUUGUUGAUCCCUACCCUUCGGAAAGCCGCGCGCGAGGCUGUCGCAACAACCGCGAAGACCAUUGAAACCGAGAUCUCGGUAGCGAAUGGCGGCAGCCUUCCUGAGGAAGUGGAAGCUGCCAUGUCACCGCCCACUGCCAAUGGUUGGCAUGAGUUCAGCUCCAAUAAUCUUGGCUACGCCUUGCGAAAGUCAUCAACUAUUUCAGUAACCGAGUCCACCACCCCAGAGCCGCAUAUCCAACCCGAGGAUGGGAUCCCAGCUCCUCCUUUGCUGUCUAGGGGGUUAAGUAUCUGCCUACCAAGCGCCAUCGAAACUGCCUUUACAUUCGAGUUCCGGCAAAGCACAAUCAUGGCAGCAUGUGCGAAUCAUGAUUUUGUGGUUGGUCUUCUAACCAGUGAGCCGUUUUUCACUAAUUAUUGUGGAAAUUAUUUAUUUGAACUGGCUUUACAAGAUGGCUAUGGGACGCCACACAAGGGCCAAAACCUCCUCGAAUCAUCACCUUAUCUGGAGAAGAAACUUUCAUUCUGCUUAUUCUCUCUCAUUCCUCCUGAAAUAUCUGUUAAAUAUGAAUCAGAUCCUCUACGCAGCAUGGAAGGGAAUUCGUCACUCGAUGAAACUCCGGCAAGCGUCACUAAGUUGCGAUACAUUGUCAGCCAGGCGCUAAAGAUGCGUGACGCAAACCGCAAAGAGAACGCAAACCACGAAAAUGACCUGCAAAUGUCAUUAGGGCCUACUAUACUGCAUGUUCCGAUCGUGGUCUUGUGA